CAUUUAUGUAUCUGGCAGAUGCUUUUAUUGAAAAUACAUUUUUGUACAGGGACAGGCACAGUGGUUCAGUGGGUAGCACUGUCGCCUCUCAGCAAGAAGGUCCCUGGUUUGAGCGCGGCUCACCCAGGGCUUUCGUUUGCAUGUUCUCCCCAUGUUUGCGUGGGUUUUCUCCAGGUUCUCCAGUUCUUUGGACAUGCAAGUCAAAUGAAUUGGAAAUUGCCUGUAGGUGAGAGUGAGUGUACGUGUCUGUGUUUGAAUGUGUGUGUCUGUGUGUGUUGGCCCUGUGAUGGACAUGUCCAGGGUGUUUCCCUGCCUUCGGCCCGAGACAGCUGGGAUAGGCUGUCUAUAGAAGAUGGAUGGAUGUAUGAACUUUUAAGGCAUUUGUGGUAUAGAUGUUGCCAGUAUGUGUGUUUCCCUGGAAAUCAAACCAAUGACCUUGCCAUUGUUGGUGCCAUGCUGGGAUGUUGAUGUUUAGUGAUGAUUAGUGAUGUUUGGUCAUAUAUUUCAGUACAGAUUGUCUCCAAUGUAUUUACAGAGACAUUAUCUGCUCUAAGUCUUGCUGGUAAAGGCUCCUCAGAAAACCAAAGAGCUGCAAAUAAUGGCAAAAUGCCCUCAAUGGUACUGACCCCAGAAACAAUUCAACAGAAACACAACACAAAGAAGUAUCUGGUGACAAAACUGUUCCGCCAAGUACAGUUCAAGUGCAACUUGAGACUAAAACUGAAAGUGGUGCCACAAAACAAGCAACAAAUUCCGAGAGAAGGAGAAAGGUUUCACUCCCUCCUGCAUUGUGGAAAGACAAAACAUUUGAAGAAAUCUGGGUGAAUCUCUCACUAGAACCAAAUACAAUAAAACCGGCACCGGUUUAAAGCAGUAGUGUUGGACCUAUAUUGAGAGAGGCAAAUGUUGAAAAUGCAUAGACUCUGGAGAAGCAGGAUUUAUCAGGUCAUUUUAAGAUGAAUACAGAGUCCCAAUUAAAGUUUAUGGAUCAAACAGAAUUUCAAAUCAUAUCUAAGAAAAGUCCUCAGGCUAAGCCUACAUACGUGAACAGAGUUGUUUCCUUAGAAAGUUCAUCAACUGAGUUUCAGAAUCUAUUACAGGCUUCCCUAUUUGAGUCCAAUGAUAGACCAGAAUUUUCUAGACACUCAGAUCAUGAAGGUUUAGAAGUUAGUGAGUCAGCUAAUGAUUUCCAAGACAGCACAGCCAGAUAUCAGCAAAGUUCAAUUCAGUUUAUGUUUAGAGAGCAUGAAACUGACAAACCAAGCCCCUUAAACUCUACUAAUUACCAUUAUAAGGAAAGCCAGGUCUCCAGAGCUCUUCUAAAUUACAAGACAAGUUUAGACAGGAAUGGAUGUUUGGAGAAAAAUGUAAACACUGCUAUACUUGCUGAGACAGAUACAAAUCAAGUUGUGAAUGUAGCUGAGGAACAAAUCAAUAAGCAUUCCAAUGUUGAAGUAGCAUCCCAAAUCGGGUCAUUAAAAUGGGAGACUGAAAUGAAAUUUCCCUCUGGCACUCUGCUGGGAAAAGAUUAUUCAAAUUAUUUCAAAGAUGACCACCCAUUUGAGAUGGGAAAGAAGAAAACACCCAAAACCCAAGAUGAUCUGUUCUUACUGAAUGAAAGAACAGCUGAUGCAAGUAGGGUGGAAGAUUUUGAAACGUCACCACCACACAGGACGCCAGAACCACGUGUCAGUGGUAAAGCUGUGAAAAGGGAUCUUGAUGCCCUUGAAGAUAAAGAAAAAAAUAACAAUCCAUCAAAUGAUCUGAACUCACCAAAAAACAUCCCCACUACUAGCCAGGCUUUAGCAGAACUAAGCAAAGACCACAUUUCAAUCACAAACGAGGGGGAUUUAAUGCACAGUGGAGAUGUUGGAUUGAACGUUGACUCUAAACAUUAUGAUAAAGCAGAUGUUGAAAAAAUUCAGCCAGGUACAGGGUCAUGUAUUCAACCAACAAGUAAAGAUGUUGCUGGGCUGGUCACUCUACCAGAACUGGGACAAGGUUCUUCAGAAUUGAAAGCCGAGGAGGAAAAUUAUGAAACAGACCAGAGGACUGAGUCUGAUAUUCUAAUAUGUGUUCUUGCAAGAGCUCACAAGACAAGGCCACCUGUCUUAAAGAGGAUCACCACACUGGAGCCAAAGCUGGAGGCUGGAGAUGAUAUGGUCCCCACAAUUGUCAUUAUGCCAUCUGAAUCUCCAAACCCAAAAGAAUUGGAAGGUAAUAAACAUCCAACAUCUUUUUUGGAUACUUCAGUUGAAGCUUCCACAAUUCCCUCUUACACUGUAGAUGCUUGUGAGGAUGAAGGCGUAGAUUCUGAUGAUGAUGAUUCACUGUCCAGCAGAAAAGGCUAUUCUGAAAGUGGAUUGUCACUUACUGAUCGCACCGGUAGUUUGCUGAGUGUAUACAGUAAUGCAGGGGAUUUUGGAGAUGUUGAGGCGCAGGGCUCUGUGGAGUUUGCAAUGAUGUACAGCCCUGUUGGAGAGCUCAUCAUAAUGAUUGAAAAGUGUCAAGAUCUGGCUAUUGCCAUUCCUCGUAAACAACGUACUGAUCCUUAUGUGAAGACUUACCUCUAUCCAGACAAGUCUCACCGCAGCAAAAGGAAAACGUCCAUCAAGAAACACACUGUUAACCCAGUUUAUGUUGAAUCUCUGAGAUACAAGGUGAAACGUGAAGAGCUACCGGAAAAGACUCUGAAUCUGUCGGUGUGGCACAAUGACUCUAGGGGAAGAAAUAUGUUCCUAGGGCAGGUUGAAAUUAGUCUGAAGACCUGGGACUGGGGACAUGAGGCACUUUCCUGGUACAACCUACAGCCCAAGACUGCAGAAAAUCAAGAAUCUCAAGAGUCUCAUGGAUCUUUAUCAGUUUCGCUGAAAUAUGUUCCUCCUGAGACCACCGGUGGAUUGAAAAACAAUACUGGGGAGAUUCAUGUCUGGCUGCAGGAGGCAAAAGAAUUACGUCGCCUGAAGCCUCAGGGAGUUGAUUCUUUUGUUAAGUGCUACAUAUUACCAGAUUCCAGGAAGAAAAGCCGCCAGAAGACCCAUGUGGUAAAGAAGACCCAGGACCCGGUAUAUAACCAUGUCAUGGUGUAUGAUGGAUUCAAAGCAGGCGAAGUCAGUGAGACCUGUUGUGAACUGACCGUGUGGGAUCAUAAUGCCCUCUCCAAUCAGUUUCUCGGAGGUCUGCGCCUCAGUCUUGGAACAGGGCAGAGCUAUGGCAAGAAAGUUGAUUGGAUGGAUUCGAUGAAUGAGGAAGCUGAAAUAUGGAAAAGAAUGUUGGCCAAUCCAAACAGCUGGGUUGAGACAGAGCUUCCCUUGAGGUCCUCCAUGACCUCAAGUAAAUAAACCUCAUUUGUGCGCUCAAAUGUUUUGUGGUUUUGGAAGAGAAAAAUGGCUGUUGGUUGUUUAAAUAAAACCAAGCAUUGUUGAUUGCCUUAAUUUCAGACUUUCUCUUAACAAAAAAGGAUGUUGGCUGCUCCAUAUUAACAUAUACACAGUAAAUAAUAUACAAGUAUAUAAAAUAAAUAUGUUGGGAAUUGUGUCUGGGCAAUCAACAUAUGAUUAUGUUUAAUAUAACAGAGUACAUUAAAGUUGUCAGUCAAUGUCUGAAUGAAUUAUAGUCUUGAUAUAUUGUAAGUACUUUAUCAGCUGUAAUUGAUUCCUUACUAAAUAAAAAAU